AUGAUGUCACCUAGUAGAAGACCAUAUAUACGCGCAGGCCUUGUUGUUCUGCGGAGAGCAGCAAGCAGCUCCCUGGCCCAUGCGCUUGCGCUACUUCGCAGGCUCGCAACAAAAAGGCACACCGCCGCUGUGCUGAUUGUGUCCUGCCACUCGGGUGCCGCGGCUGCACCUCGCGCGACCGCGGGACACGACCGGGCAGCAAGCCGAGUGGCACCGCCGACGAGCGCAGCUGCGCUACCGUUAGGGGAGCGCAGCCACCCAGAUGGCUGGCCACCCCACCCUCCCGGAUGCCGCCCCUUAUCCGAGCUCGGCCAAGCCCAUACCGAGAAUUAUAGCGCCGACCGUUGA